AUAAAGUGUGUACUGUGCAUUUUGACUCUGUUGGGAGUUCAGAAGACGGCUGCUUCUGUUUGAAUGCGGUCCAUCAUGAGGAGAGGAGUGGUGCAACUCACCCUUUUUGGGGUUCUGGUGACUCUAGCUGCUGCACAACCAAAAAAGGACGACUGGGACAUUUACAGCUUUCACAUCAACUCCACUGUGACCAGCCGAUAUGCCACCACCAUCAUCACAAGCCGUGUUGUGAAUCGCAUGAAUGAAUCGAAAGAAAUUGAAUUCCACGUUCAGAUUCCCAAAAAUGCCUUCAUCAGUAAAUUCAGGAUGCUUAUUGAUGGUCAAAUGUACGAUGGAGUUGUGAAAACUAAGGAGCAGGCUCAGCAACAGUACACUCAGGCUGUGUCUCGUGGUCAGAGUGCUGGGAUUGUCAGCUCUGUUGGGAGAACCAUGGAGGAAUUUAAAACCUCUGUAACUGUGGCGGCCCACAAAAAGGUCACCUUUGAACUCACCUAUGAGGAGCUGCUGAAGCGAACCCACGGCAAAUACGAGCUGCAGAUCCACGCUCGACCCAUGCAGCCCGUCAAAGACUUCAAGGCUGAUGUGCACAUUCACGAGAAAGCCGGCAUCAGUUUCGUUGAUGUGAAAGGAGGGCUGAGCACCAACGCCUUGGCUAAUGCUAUCACUAAAACACAUGCAGAUAAACAGGCAUGGGUGUAUUUUUAUCCUACGGUGGACCAACAGAAAACUUGUGACAGCUGUGGAGAGUGGGGUCUGAGUGGAGAUUUGAUUGUUGUUUAUGAUGUAAAUCGAGUCAAUGGACUGGGCGACUUCAAGACUUCGGACGGAUACUUUGUCCAUCACUUUGCUCCAUCAAACCUUCUCCGAAUACCAAAGAACGUUGUCUUUGUUAUAGAUCGAAGUGGCUCAAUGCACGGCAGAAAAAUACAACAGACCAGAACUGCUUUAAUCCAUAUAUUGAAUGACCUGGCAGAAGAUGACUACUUAGGUCUUGUCAGUUUUGAUAGCGAAAUAUCUCACUGGAGAAGAGAACUUGUUCAGGCCACUAGAGCAAAUCUAGAGGAUGCCAAGAGAUUUGCGUAUGGUAUUACUGACAGAGGAACUACAGACAUCAAUGCAGCCGUGUUGGAAGGGACACGCAUGCUGAAUGCACAUCCUAGAAAAAGUUCAGCUUCCAUUCUAAUACUUCUCACAGAUGGAGACCCAACAUCAGGAGUGACAAAUCUCGAACAAAUACAAUCAAAUGUAAAACAGGCGAUUGCAGGAAAGUUUCCUCUCUACUGUCUUGGUUUUGGAUUUGAUGUCAAUUUUGAGUUUUUGGAGAAGAUGUCUUUGGGGAACAGCGGUGCAGCAAGACGGAUCUAUGAAGACUCUGAUGCUGAUUUGCAGCUCAAGGGCUUUUAUGAAGAAGUGGCCACUCCGCUGUUAACAGAUAUCGCAAUGACCUAUGUCGGUGGAACCAAUCUAACCCAGACUAAUUUCAGUCAUUAUUAUGACGGCUCUGAGAUUGUGGUGGCCGGUGAGAUCAUCGACAACAACAUUGAAAACUUUGUGCCAGAAGUUGUUGCCAUUUCAAGUAAACAAAAAGUGAAAUUUUCUAAAACAAAUGAGUUUGUGGAUUCAUCUACUGGAAUUGCUGAUGGACUUCUUCAAAGGGUUUGGGCCUACCUCACUGUGAAACAACUUCUGGAGAAAGAGCUGCUGGUAUCUGGACCUGAGAAAGAGAAAGUGAAGAACGAUACUUUGAAGUUGUCCCUGAAGUACAGCUUUGUGACCCCACUCACCUCCAUGGUGGUCACCAAGCCGCAGGGGGAGGACAUGGAUGUCCUUCACAAACCCAAAGAGGGGGGAGUAGUUCGGUCCGACAGUCAUGCCACACCAGCCAACAGACAUCAUUGGGCUCGCUGGUCUUCCUGGACUACCUGGUCUUCCUGGACAACCUGGUUCACAUGGACGCUUUGGACCUCUUGGUAUUCCUUCUUCAUCUGGUAUAAAGGCCACACACAGAUUUUAUCGGUGUUUGUAAAUGGUGAGCUGGACUCACUAACAAAUGGAGGCUUCGCUAAGAUCGUUAUUCACAUCAGCGCUGACCAGCACAUUGAGGUUGAUCCAGAGGGAAUCAGUCUUCGACAGGGACAGUCCACGACACGGCACACUGGACAGGAUCUUAUCACAGUUGGACGUCUUACAGUGAUCAUUCGUGCCAAAGAAAUAGAUGUUGCGGUGGAGGAUGUGCGUUUGGUUAUCUUAGUGCAUGAGAAGGACAGGAACAAAUUCCUUUGGCCUGUUUUGCGGCAGACGCCAUCUGCCGACGACAUUGAAGGAUUUUUAGCUUUAAAACCAGCAGACUAUCAGGCGCUUCUGCAACAAUCUGAUGCGAAACUGAAGCUCAAAGACAGAGAGACUCCUGCUUCCAGAAACGUGCACAAACAAGAACUCACUUUGAGUUUAUCGGAAAGAUCCAGCUGGUUGUGUUUGAAUCUGCUCCGAGAUACUAUGGGGAGCGCUGUGGAGCGGCUCGUCCUCUUUGGGUUUCUGCUGGCUUUGGCUGCUGCACAACCAGCGAAGGAUGACUGGGACAUUUACAGCUUUCACAUCAACUCCACCGUUAGCAGUCGAUAUGCCACCACCGUCAUCACCAGCCGUGUGGCCAACCGUAUGGAUCAGUCAAAAGAAAUUGCCUUCCAUGUUCAGAUUCCCAAGAAUGCCUUCAUCAGUAAAUUCAGAAUGAUGAUGGACGGGGAAGUGUUUGAUGGAGUUGUGAAAACUAAGGAACGAGCUCAGCAGCAGUACACUCAGGCUGUGCUUCUUGGACAAAGUGCUGGAAUUGUCAGCUCUGUUGGGAGAACCAUGGAGGAAUUUAAAACCUCUGUAACUGUGGCGGCCCACAAAAAGGUCACCUUUGAACUCACCUAUGAGGAGCUGCUGAAGCGAACCCACGGCAAAUACGAGCUGCAGAUCCACGCUCGCCCCAUGCAGCCCGUCAAAGACUUCAAGGUGGAUGUGCACAUUCAUGAGAAAGCUGGGAUCAGAUUCAUUGAUGUGAAGGGAGGACUGAGCACCCUGGCUAAUGCUGUCACCAAAACACAUGCAGACAAACAGGCGUCGGUGUACUUCUAUCCGACUGUGGACCAACAGAAAACUUGUGAGAGGUGUGGAGAGCAAGGAUUGAAUGGAGAUCUGGUCAUUGUUUAUGAUGUCAACCAAGACAACGGACUGGGAGACAUCAGGAUUUCAGACGGUUACUUUGUCCAUCACUUUGCUCCAUCUAAUCUUCCCCGAAUACCGAAGAAUGUCGUCUUUGUUAUCGAUAGAAGUGGCUCAAUGCACGGCAGAAAAAUAGAGCAGACCCGAGGGGCUUUAAUCCACAUUUUAAAUGACCUGACAGAAGACGACUUCUUUGGUAUCAUCUGUUUUGAUCAAGACAUAUUUCACUGGAAAAGAGAACUUGUUCCAGCCACUGCUUCAAAUGUGGAGAGGGCUAAAGAGUUUGCACAGAGUAUUUUUGAAAGAGGAGCUACAAACAUCAAUGGAGCGGUGAUGGAAGGAGCUUCGAUGCUGAAUGCACAAAGCAGGGAAGGCUCGGCUUCCAUCCUGUUAUUUCUCACAGAUGGAGACCCAACAGCAGGAGAAAUUAACUUAGAUAAAAUACAGUCAAAUGUCAGAGAAGCUAUUGCAGAAAAAUUUCCUCUCUACUGUCUUGGCUUCGGCUCUGAUGUCAAUUUUGAGUUUUUGGAGAAAAUGUCGCUACAGAAUAAUGGUGUGGCAAGACGGAUUUAUGAAGACUCUGAUGCCGAUUUACAGCUCAAGGGUUUCUAUGAAGAAGUGGCCACUCCUUUGUUAACAGAUGUGACAAUGAUCUAUGUGGGUGGAUCCAAUCUAACCCAGACUAAUUUCAGUCAGUACUACAACGGUUCUGAGAUUGUUGUGGCCGGUGAGAUCACUGACAACAACAUUGAAACCUUCACUCCCCAAGUCGUGGCUUACUCAGUCAACAGAACAGUGACAUUUUCUAACACAAGUGGUUCUACGGACCAUCCCAGUGAAACAGUGACCGAAAACCUUCUGCAGAGGGCUUGGGCCUACCUCACAGUUAAACAGCUUCUGGAGAGAGAGCUGCUGUUAUCUGGACCUGAGAAAGAGAAAGUGAAUAAAGAGGCGUUGGAGCUGUCCCUGAAGUACAGCUUCGUGACCCCGCUCACAUCCAUGGUGGUCACCAAGCCUCAGGGGGAGAAAUCCGUCCUCCACAAACCCAAAGAGGGGGUAACACCACUGUCCCAAGGAAUUGCUGUGUCCUUACCUGCAGGAGCUAUAGGAUCUCUUCCCAAUUUUUCUCCUAAUCCUGGAAUUGCUGGGUCCUUAUCUGCAGGAGCUAUAGGAUCUCUUCCCAAUUUUUCUCCUAAUCCUGGAAGGGCUAGGUCCAUUUCUGCAGGUUCGAUAUCAGGAUAUCCAAUUUUGGUUGACCACCGGACGACAAGCAUAGUAGCAGUAUCAAGAGAUCAAGGAAGACAAUUGUCAGCAGAUGUUCCUGCUGUUGCUGCCCUUCCUGGCUCUGGUUUUGGAGGUUUAGGAGUUUCCGCAAUUUCCGAUCAUGCUGGUCCUCCAAGUCCUGCUGGUUUUGGUCCUCCAGUUUCUGCUGGUUAUGGUCCUCCAAGUCCUGCUGGUUAUGGUCCUCCAAGUUCUGCUGGUUAUGGUCCUCCAAGUUCUGCUGGUUAUGGUCCUCCAGGUUCUGCUGGUUUUGGUCCUCCAAGUCCUGCUGGUUUUGGUCCUCCAGGUCCUCCUGGUUUUGGUCCUCCAGGUCCUCCUGGUUUUGGUCCUCCAGGUCCUCCUGGUUUUGGUCCUCCAAGUCCUGCUGGUUUUGGUCCUCCAGGUUCUGCUGGUUAUGGUCCUCCAGGUUCUGCUGGUUAUGGUCCUCCAGGUUCUGCUGGUUAUGGUCCUCCAAGUCCUGCUGGUUUUGGUCCUCCAAGUCAUGCUGGUUAUACUCCUUCAGGUCCUCCUGCUUUUGGUCAUCCAGGUCCUCCUGUCCAUAUCAGUCACCGAUUUCUGGUUAAAACUGAGAACCACUCUGCUUCCCUUUGCUUUGAUGUGCCUGGAUCUCAUGUUCUUAAACUUCUUCAUCAUCCCAGCAAGGGGAUGUACAUGAAUGGCGAGCUUAAUCCAGUGACAAAUGGGGGCUUCAAAAAAAUUUUCAUCCAAGUUCAAGGUGACCAUUAUGUUGACAUCGACCCAGAGGGAAUCAGGGUCCUGCAGGGAACGUCUAUGACCCGGCUCACUGGACAGAAUCCCAUCCAAGCUGGAAGUCUUACAGUGACUGCUCGAGGUCAAGAAACAGAGGUUACAGCAGAAGACUUGCACAUUGUCAUCUUAGUUCAUCAGAGGGACGGCAACAAAUUCCUUUGGCCUGUUUUAAAGAAGAGACCGACUGCCAGCAACAUUGAUGGGAUUCUAGUUUUUAUAGCUUCAACGCCAGCUAAUUUUACGGUGGAACCAAAACCAUACCUCACAUUACUGAAGAUCCCAGGCAUACCUGAUAGUGUAGUGUUCAAUUCAUUUGCAACCGACUACAGUGUGACCUCUCCUGUGACUGCGCAGUGCUGGCUCACAAUGAAUCCCUUUGUCCUAGGAAAACCUCUGUAUUUUUAUGUUGUAUAACUGCUCAAUAAUUCAAUUCAAAUCAGCUUAUUUUAUGAAAUAAUGUUGAAAAUUAUUUUAGAAAUAACCAAGGCGUGAAGUAAAAAGUACCAAAAAGAUUACAAUCUUCUUUUUUAUUGGUCAGACAGUGCAAUUAAGAAUAGUGAACACAUUUGUGUUUUUAUCUACCCCAUAAACGACGAAAAGAAAUGUAAACAUGAACAACUUUCUAACAAACGACUUAAAUGUAAAGGUUGAUCGGGUCUGGUGGUGUGAGGUCUGGUGACAAUCCAACAGUGUGAGUUAUUCUUUGAUAGUUUGAUAUCCUGUAAUUAUGUUUCAGCCUCUUAUUUUGAAGUACAAAGGAAGUAGUCCUUAAUUUGCUGUUUAAUGUUGAAAGAAUCCACUAAGUAAGACUUUUUACUAAUUGGCAGUAAACAGGUUUCAUUCAUUUAUUUGAAAUGAUCUGUAAAGAAAAACUAAACACAGAGAGAAAAGAUACAAGGAUUUGUUGGCACUGUGAGAUAAUGUGCCUGGCUAACCAAUAAAGAUGCUAAAAUUAGCUUAUGUUUCAAAGGCUCUUGAAGUUCUUAAAGACUGUUUUUUACAAGUCUUUAAUGCUUUUGAUAAUCAGUUCAAAAGCUGUAAUUCUUACACAUAAAAAAUAAGACCUUGAUAAGUCAGAACAUAAAAACAGUUCACAAUUUUGUUCUGUGAUCUACAGUAUGUUUAUGUUGAUUUUUUUUGGCAUCACAACCACUUGAUAAUUUGAUGAGCAUGACAUCUGCUUUAUUAAAUCUGAAAAAUAAU